AUGCUCAAACUCGGAACAAUCGCAGCAUUGGUAUGCUUAGCAUCGGCCGGACUCAACCCAUUUGGACUGAUGGGCGGACUCGUCCACAAUACGCUUACCGGUGCUAAUCAAGCCGUACAUCAAGGCCUGGAUUUUGCGGGAAAACAUGCGGACAUUCAAACUGACCUGGCUGAUGGUAUUGCCGGUAAAAUGCUGGGUAAAGAUAAUAUUAUUCAAAAAGUACUAGGUAGUGCCAAUCAGGCCGUUCAUAGAGGACUAGAUUUUGCCGGUCGGGUAGAGGACACCAAAACUCGUUUGGCCGACAAUUUGUUUAACGGGUUUAGUAAUCAGUUGCCCCAACACUUGCCCAUAGAGUUGCCCUCACAUACCACCGAUAAUGAUGCCGAAUAUUACCAAGUAAAAAACUCGCGUGAUUUCACUGGUAAAGUGGUUUUGAUCACUGUGUCCAACUCGGGUCUGGCCGAGGGUACUAUCAAAUUGUUUUCAAUACUCGGCGCCAAUUUGGUCAUCACCGGAACCAAUGCCACCCAUUUGGCAGAAAUAGCACAACUUGCACAACAACAAUCUCCCACACGUAGCAAUCAGCCGUUGCGAGUUGUGGCCGAUUUGACCAAAACCGCAGAUAUUGGGCGACUGGUGGGCGAAAUUGUGUACAAAUUCGGUCGAUUGGACGCAAUGAUCACAUUUGCCAACAGUUAUCCCCUGUUGAACAUUACGGACCCAAACCUAAUGGAUGUGUGGGACCAGACAUUACGGGCCGAUCUCAGGGCCACCGCUGAGCUCUUUCACCUGACCUACCCUUUGCUCGAGAAGGCCAGGGGUUCCGCCACUGUUGUCGCCACCAUUGCCGGCGUCGCACCGGUUGCUGUGGAACUGGCCUAUAGUACCGCCAAAGCUGGCGUUCAACAUAUGGUUAAAAAUCUAGCCCUCGAGUUGGGCGCAAAGGGAGUGCGAGUGAAUACUAUCAAUAUUGGUGCGAUUACACCCGACGGUACAAAUCUCGGUAACCCAGUGUUGGCGCUGAUGGAGAAAAAGGCACCGUUGGGUCAUUUGGGUGUACCCUUGGAUGUGGCCAAAGGGGCUGUGUUUUUAUCGUCAUCUGAUGCCAAGUAUAUCACCGGGGCCAAUUUAGUCAUUGAUGGUGGUAUCAUAUAUACCCGUCAUAUUUCAAAUAAUUUGACAAUGUAA